AUGAUAAUGCUGGUGGGCAAAGCGAAUACUCCUGAAGACAAGAUCGGGACGCCCUCGGGCUCGCUCUGUAAACACCCCGCGGGAUCGCCCCGCUACGCCUCGGAUGACUCCGAGAGCGAGUCAGAUGGAUCCAUCAGCAUUCGUCAGAUGUCUCUAGGACCAUCGGGUGGAAGGUUCUUAAAGGACAAGAUCGGACAAGCCAAGAUCGACGCCUAUAAGGGACAAGCCAAGAGCAACAUGCCGCAGAGAUCGGCCAGUACCCGCACUGGGCUGGAGGAUCAAGAAGAGGGCGAUCUAAGUCGGUACUUCAAUUCAGCCAUGAAGAAGUACGAGGCGGAGCAACGUACAGCUCAGCGAAUGAAUCGACAGCCAAACCGCUACCCAGAUCGACGUACUUUGCUCCAACCUUCACACGAAAGCCUUGACAUGCCGGAUGUGGAGAUGGAGUCGGUGGGGUCGGACAUUUACCAACAUAUCCAUGAGGCGGCGGAAUACGACCCGGAUGAUCUAUGGAUGCCCGAACCACGGCGCCCUCAAUUAGCCGCGACCGAUGCGACUACCGGAGGGGGAAACAUCACGCAGAGGAUCAGAAUCUCAGCGAUUUCUGAGCUGAAAGAAUUCUCAGGGAAGGAUCGGGAAGAAGACAAAGCACGGACCUGGAUCGGCAAAGUGAAAUCAGCGUUUAUCCGGGACCAAGCACCGGACGAGGAGAGAUGUCUGGUCUCCGGUGAUCUCAUGGUGGGCCCAGCCCGCUACUGGUACCGACAGCUGAGUAGAUCGACGAGAUUCAAUUGGAAAGAAUUGAUGAACAGUUUUCUUGUGGAGAAUGCGGGACACGGGAUGUCCGCGAGCAGGCAAUACUACCAUGCAAAGAAACGAUCGGAGGAAGAUCCUUUGCAGUACCUGUAUCGGCUUAAUGUGAUGGGAAUGCAGGCGAAGAUACCGGUGAUGACUGGAUUGCCAGCUGCGCGCAAGGAACAUGUCAAUCAUUUCAUUGACACCUUGGACGACCCCGAUCUGUCCAAUCAAUUGCUACUGCUGAAUGUAGAAGACGCGGAGGCCAUGCAAAAGACACUGCACGGAUAUCAACAAGGGAGAUCGCGUCAAGGGAAAGUGAUGAUGGGAUCGUCCAAAUUCAGACAGAAGGGAACUCAGGGUCCAGCGCUGUCUAAGCCUGCACGAGCGGUAAGGAUGGUCCGUACCGAGGACGUCUGCAGCGAGUCAGGAUCAGACACCUGCGGAUCGGAUUUGGAAGAUCGAUUGAGAUCGAUCCAUGUGGCUGCUACUGCGGAUCGCCGUUCAUUCCCCAAUGACGUUGCAGCAAACGCGAGAUCGGUCGACCCGAACACUCGUCAAGACUAUCAAGACCGCAAUGUGCCAGUGAAGCCGUGUACUCAUUGCGGAUCGACCAAGCAUGGAGAUCUCGGUUGUUGGAAGCGGCUCACUUGCCAGAAGUGUGGGCGUAAAGGACACCCCUCUGACAAUUGUUUUUUCGUGUGUCGUGCUUGCGGUGAGAUGCACGACCCGGGGAAGUGUCCCAUGGAGGAGUUCUACAACAUGAUCCGUCAGUGGUACGUCCCGAAUAAGCAUGCGGGGAUGCUACCAGAGAAGGCCGAGAAGAUGUUAAACUAG